CUUCACAAGUUUCCCCUCCCUCCUCCCCCUCUCAGUCCCUCCCCACCUCCCUCUUCCCCCAUCCACUCCUCCUCUGUUUCCCUUCAGAAAAGGGAAAGACUUCCAGGGAUAUCAAGCAAACACGGCCUAUCAAGUUGCGGGUUACAGUCUAGGAUGGCCAAAGGACAACAGAGAGUUCAUAUUGUGACCCACAAACGUGAGGCCAACAGCAAGAGUCUUCCAAAAACUCAGAGCCCACCCCAGCGACACACCUCCUCCAACAAGACCGCACCUUACAAUCGUUCCACCAACUGGGGGCCAGCCUGCAAGGCAAUAGAAGCCCAUUGGCAUCAGAACCUUAAUGCUGUGGUCAGCUGAUAAACCAGAUAAGCUGUUCAUCUCACGACAUCCUGUGUGCUUUUGCUGCUGCAGUGCCUCCUGCCAGCUCAAGCAGCACUAUGAUGCUCGCACUCCUCAGUGUGGUGUGUUCUGGGUUCAUCUGGGCUCAAGGGAUCUGGGCGCAAGUUGUGGAUUCUAAAAAGCCCCUCCUGUCUGCCUGGCCAAGCCCCAUCGUUCACAUUGGAGAGCGUGUGACUCUGCACUGCCAGUCUGAGCUUGGGUUUGAAACGUUCAGCCUGUUCAAGGAACACAGGGGUCGCAACCUCCAGGUGAAGGACUUCGACUCCCAGCAGAGCUUUGUGAUAGGACCCGUGACCACAGCACAUGCAGGGAUCUACAGAUGCCAGGGGUUUUACUCUAAAUCUCCUUAUGGAUCAUCAGAACUAAGUGACAGCUUGGUGGUUGUAGUCACAGGAAUCUACAGGAAGCCAUCACUCUUGGCCCUACCAUCUCCGCUGGUGAAAUCUGGAGGGGCAGUGACAUUGAAAUGCUACUCGGAGAUUGUGUUUGAGACCUUCAGUCUUGUUCUGCACAGAAAGGGGCUAAGCAUGGACCCUCUGUACCUUAUUGGGGAGCCUUAUGAUGGAGGCUUCCAGGCCAACAUCUCCAUAGCUCCUGUAACUACUGCACACGCUGGGACCUACAGAUGCUAUGGUUCUGUCAGUCACCAACCCUAUGAAUGGUCAGACCCCAGUGACUCCCUGGACAUUAAGAUCACAGGUCCUGUGUUUCAGGAUUACAUCCUAGGGACUUCCAUCAGGAUAAGUGUGGCGGGGCUGGUCCUACUUGCUCUGUUGAUGAUGCUGGCUAAGGUCUGGUGGAGCCAUGAAGGGUUAAAGACGGAUAAGGAAAAUUUACAGAAUGCAGCUGGUGCCAACGACAGACCAUGGGACAGAACAGACCCUGGGUCACAGCCCAUCACAAUACGCAAUCCAGGGCUCCGCUCUUGCUACGUAAGCGUUCCAUCGGUGUGCGGUUGCAUAGGACUUCCUCUUCUUGAUGCAACCGCUCAUGACAAAGAGCACAGUGUCUUCAGUGUUCACCCUUUGGGUUGGUCUGUCCCAACAGCCACUGUAGUCUCAUCAAACUGCACAACUGGGACCCCUGGAAGGUGCGUCAUGAUCUCCACUUUCGUAGUGCUGCUUCAUCUUGGGCUGAGUGUGGAAACGAGGACCACAGCGGUGGCAGGAAAAUUCCCCAUACCUACCAUUUGGGCUGAGCCAGACUCUGUGGUUACCAAGGGACAGGCUGUUACUAUCUGGUGUCUUGGGACCCCGGAAGCUCAGGAGUACUAUCUGUAUAAAGAGAAAAGUUCAAAGCCCUUGAAGACACAGAGCUUACUCAAGCCUGGGAACAAGGCUAACUUCUCCAUCCCAUUCAUGACAGAGUAUGAUGCAGGACUAUACCACUGCAAUUACCACAGCUCUGCUGGCUGGUCAGAACACAGUGACUUCCUAGAGCUUGUGGUGACAGGAUACUACAGUAAACCCAAUAUCUCAGCCCUGCCAAGCUCCCUGGUGACCUCAGGAGGGAAUGUCACCCUCCAGUGUAGCUCACAUCAGGGAUAUGGAAGAUACAUCCUUACCAAGGAAGGAGAGAAGAAUGUGUCCUGGACUCAGGACUCACAGAAACAACACAACGGACAUUUUCUGGCCCUGUUUCCUGUGGGACCAGUGACUUCCAAACACAGAUGGGCCUUCAGGUGCUAUGGCUACUACAAGAGAACCUCCCAGAUGUGGUCAGUACCCAGCGAGACCCUGCAGCUACUCUUUUCAGAUUCAUACUCACAGGAUCACACAGUAGAGAAUCUUAUUAGGAUGGCUGUGGCUGGCUUGGUUCUGGUGGCUCUCGGGAUUUUACUCUUUGAGGCUCGAUACAGCCAGAGAAGCCCUCACAGUUCAGCGGGGAAGUGAGCCACAGGUCAUCUUUUACUGUGGUAGAGACUUGGAGAUGAGUCCAACAAGCAAUGGAAAUCAUGGAAGAAAAUUUGUGGCCCAAGUGUGUGAGCACUGUUGGGUACCCUGAAGAGAAAAACAUAUUUGGGUGUAGGGGACAUGCCGGAGAGAGCUGUGAAGAGAACUCUACACCCAUUUAAUUGGGACAGUAUGUUGGCUUGAAUGAGGCAAUCUCCAUAUGCUCCAGCAUUUGGAUGCUUGAUCCUCAUUUGGUGAUGGUGUUUGGGGAGACUUAGGAGAAUGUGGUCUUGUCAGAGAAAUUGCGUGACUGGGGUAGACUUUGAAAGUUUAAAGACUCUCAUCAUUUCUAGGUCACUCUUGUAUAUCCACUUCCUUCAAGGUUGAACUAUUAUAUCCUGCAGGGACUCUUAAGACGAAAGGCAAACAAACUCAAAAUAGCCACUGGAUGGCCCUGAAACUGACCAGAUUCACUAGGUCCCUUCUUCCUAAGAGUUAACAAGAAGAGCUGUUCAGAGUGAUUCUUAGACAAAGUAAACUGCAAAGAAGAAUCUGAGACCAGACCAGCUGCCUGAAGAAUAAAAAAACAACUGAACUGCCUAGAAGAGAUUUUGACUAGAUUCACUUGGAAAGGACAUUCUCCAACCUGUUUAGUUGCCCUGAAGGUUGUGCAAUGUGCCCUUUGUGAGGUAACACCAAUUUUGGGGUGAAAUUUGACGAAGCAGAUAUCUUUGAGUAAUUCCCGAAUCUGUAAGUACCCUUAAUAAAACUCAUUGGUUCACCAAA